AUGGACAAAAUUGAUGUGGAAAUCGAGAAAAUUGGAUUGUAUAAUGUGGAAGUUAUUCGAAAUGGAGAGAAAAGGUGAGUUUUAAAAGUACGCAGCUAAUUAGCCGUUAACUGAGUAUCAAAUGUUAUAGAUACGCAGCCAAAUGCAUUAUCUUAGUGUAGCUUAGCUGAGUAUCAAACGUCGCAGAUGCGCAGCUAAAAAAAAUUUCAAUGAACAUUCAAAAAAAUUUUUAUUUAAGAAAUUUUUUCUAAUCAGAUUAAAAAAAAAUUUAAGGUACGCAGCUAAUUAGACGUUAACUGAGUAUCAAAUGUAAUAGAUACGCAGCCAAAUGCAUUAUGUAGCUUAGCUGAGUAUCAAACGCCGCAGAUGCGUAGAUAAAAAAUUCCAAGAAACAUUUACAAAAAUUUUAUUUAAGAAAUUUUUUCUUUAAUGUUCAAUCAGAUUUUUCAAAAAAAAAAUUCAAGGUACGCAGCUAAUUAGACGUUAACUGAGUACCGAAUGUCAUGAAUACGCAGCCAAAUUCAUUUUCUAAUCAUAGCUUUGCUGAGUAUCAAACGCCGCAGCUAGAAAAGUUUCAAUAAACAUUUGAAAAAAUUUUUUUAACGAAAUUUUUUUUCAAACGAAAAUCAGAUUUUUCAAAAAAAAAAAAUCAAGGUACGCAGCUAAUUAUGCGUUAACUGAGUAUCAAAUGUCAUGAAUACGCAGCCAAAUGCUUUAUCUUAUUGUAACCUACAAUUAGCUGAGUAUCAAACGCCGCAGAUACGCAGCUAAAAAUUUUUUUUCUCAAAAUUCUUCAAUUCAGAUUUUCAAUCUCCACAUCCAAUUUCUGGAUCCCCACCCUAAAAAACGACCGAAUUCCCGUCACAAACUUCACAAGAAUUUUGCAAAAUCCAAUUGAUGUCUCAUGUUAUCCAGAUGAUAUUUUUGAAGAUAGCGGAAAAGGUGAAAAACUCGAAUCGAUACUUCAAUAUAUCAUGUAUCAAAUGAAUCCUAACGAGACCAAUUUAUAUGAGAAAAUCAAGGCGAGAUUUGUGACAAAUCGAGGGUUACUCACCAAUAUUUCGAUGAGAAACAAAUCAAUUCAGUAUAAGGUUGUGAGACGGAAAAGUGUAUAUUUUCUAUUUUCAAAUGAGCAAUCAACCUCACCUUCAACCUCAAGAUAUCAAAAUCUUAUAACAUCAAUAAAACUAGGCAAAUAUUUAACAGAUGAUCGAAACCCUCAAAUGAACACCGGAUUCAUGACAAAAUCCGUGAAUCGCUUGAUAUUCCCUGCUGGAAUAACAAUUCUGACAUCAGCAGAAAUCGAUUAUCAGCGAGAAAAUGGACAGAUUGUUGAGGGAAAGUGUCUGUUGAAUAAGACACAUAAUCAUUAUGAGGAGUAUUUUCGAAAAUCGGUUUUGCAAUCGCAUUUUGGGAAUGUUGAUGAGAUAUUGGUUGGGAGGAAGAAAGAGGUUGAGACGAAUUAUUAUUCGGGAAAACAAUAUUUUGUUUAUCAGGUGGGGGAGCAUACAUGAACUGGGACUCCGAAUUCCGAGGGAGGGGGGGGUUAACUUUUGGUGGAUUUUUAAAGGUAGGGGGCUUAACUUUUGAAAAUUUUAGGGUAUUUUAUGCUUUUUGUGAUAAAAAAUCAGCAAAAAAUGGGUUAGGGGUGUUAACUUUUCGAAAAUUUCCCCUGGAAGGGGGGUUAACUCGAGAGUCCCCGGAGCAACUAGUUCAUGUAUGAGUUAGAUUAUGAGUUAUGAUUUUUUUCCAGAUCGAAUCGACCAGCCGCAAAAAAUUCCUGACUUUCCAAACUGCUCCUGAUAUAAUUAAUGAUGGAAAUUUGAGAUUAUUCAACACCCUCGUUGCAAUUCAAAAAUAUCUCACGAAAGAUGACACAGCUCUCGAAAUCACCAAACACCAUGAUGACUCUGUGAAUUUCCGUGAAAUUUCUCCGGAUUUAUGUGAUUUUGUGCCUUAUGAUUUUUAUUCGCGAUUUCAAUAA